ACCAGGGUUUCAAAAGAAAACUUGAUCACGUUGCUAGAUAAAACAGGCAUCCUAAACAAGUGUGUGAAUGCCCAGAGGCUUUCUGCUGCUGCCAGAAGUACAUACUUUUUUGAUUGGUAAGAACUGCCAGAUGACGCUUCAUGAAAUAUAAAUGCAACAAAGACUCAGAGAGCUCAAUAAAAACCUUCCACCCGUCAGUCUGGAAGGAUAAGAGAAAGAAAGUUAAGCAACUACAGGAAAUGGCUUUGGGAGUCCCAAUAUCAGUCUAUCUUUUGUUCAAUGCAAUGACAGCACUGACUGAAGAGGCAGCCGUGACUGUAACACCUCCAAUCACAGCCCAGCAAGGUAACUGGACAGUUAACAAAACAGAAGCUGACAACAUAGAAGGACCCAUAGUUUUGAAGCUCUCACAUGCUUGCCUGAAAGAUCAUAACAGCUACUGCAUCAACGGUGCUUGUGCAUUCCACCAUGAGCUAGAGAAAGCUAUCUGCAGGUGUUUUACUGGUUAUACUGGAGAAAGGUGUGAGCACUUGACUUUAACUUCAUAUGCUAUGGAUUCUUAUGAAAAAUACAUUGCAAUUGGGAUUGGCGUUGGAUUACUAUUAAGUGGUUUUCUUGCUGUUUUUUACUGCUAUAUAAGAAAGAGGUGUCUAAAAUUGAAAUCGCCCUACAAUGUCUGUUCUGGAGGGAGACAACCACUGUGAGGCCUUUAUAAAGAAUUUUCAUCAAGGUGUCUGCAGAGAUCAGUGGGCUCAAAAUUAAAGUUUUCAGAUGAAACAACAAAACUUGUCAAGCUGACUAGACUUGAACAUAAUAAAAGGUGGGAUCACAGUGAAAUGAGGUGAUGAAAUUCAGCGUUGGUCUGUAGACUUUCCCGUCAUGAAGAAGUGAUGGAAGCCAAGUGAACAAGCUGCAGUGGCAGAAGUCAAGUUUAUAGUUUCACUCUUUUGUUGUUGUUGUGUGGUUAUUAUUCUCACUACAGAAAGACUGAGUUUCAUGCUCUUGGCUGUGUCAGGUAUGAAUUUUCAUGGGACUAAUAAUCAACUUUGCAGCAAGCCAAAGCAAUGCCUCAUUUGGAUUCUUCAUGUUCUUACUACCCAGCGUUUUUUACCACCUAGAUAGGCCUCUCUAAGUCUAUUUGCUCAAUGAACCUUAUCCCAAACUUGUUUUCAUGGUGGCUAAAAGAAUGUGAUGUCAGCUUUUAGAAUGAAAUCAGUGUUAAGGUACCUCCAGUGAACCAAACACGUGUCUUAAAUCUAAGCCACUGAAAAGAGAAUGGAAUGUCCAAGGCAAAUACAAAUCAUACACAGCUUGUGACAAACAUACAGCCUUUAUAUGUGAAAUAUGGAAUAAGCUAAAGAGUUUCUGAAGACUGAAGUUCUCUGGAUAUCAAGUCUGGAGUAGGCAAAGGAUCUCCAUUUCUACAUAGAUUAUAAAACUUUGUGUUGGACUCAUUGGUCCAUAUUGCUUUUGUUCAUCCUUCCUCCAGUUAUCUGUGGAAUUACCUGGUAACCAUUCAUUUGGACAGAAAUCCUUGAAGUCUCCUACCGAAUAAAAGUUUACAAUUGGCCCUAAAAUAAAAACUGAAGAACAGAACAUAGAAGUUUUUCACCAGCCCACAGCAUGUGAAAACUUUAUCAUUUUUGAACACUUGUUAACAAAUUUGCACAUAGAGGGAGAGGAAAAAAUGGAGUCACAGUUGAAACAACUAAGAAUCAGUGUCCAGGCUGAGCGCGGUGGCUCACUUCGGUACUCCCAGCACUUUGGGAGGCCGAGGCAGAUGAAUCACCUGAAGUCAGGAGUUUGAGACCAGCCUGACCAACAUGGUGAAACCCUGUCUCUACUAAAUGCAAAAAUCAGCUGGGCGUGGUGGCACUGGCCUGUAAUCCCAGCUACUUGGGAGGCUGACUCAGGAAAAUCUCUUGAACCCGAGACAGAGGUUGCAGUGACCCAAGAUGGCACCCCUGCUCUCCAACCUGGGUGACAAGAGUGAAACUCCAUCUCAAAAAAAAAAAAAAAAAAAAAAAAAAUCAGUAUCCUUCCUCUUAGUUUUAUUUAUGCCAUUUAAUUCGAAUAGUCUUAUGCAGGUUGCUCGAUUUAUCUGGGCUUUUGUUUCAUUUUCGACAAGGCCCUUGCAGCUCUAAAACUUGACAAUGAAAAGAAGAAAAUGUUUUUCCAAAUCUGUAGUGCCAGUGAAAUCCUCAACAUCAGCACAUUGAGAUGGAUCUCAACCCCACCUCUAACCCUGAAACACACCACUGGAUAUUAUCUUAGGUGUAUAUUUUAGUUUGUAAAAUAAUAAUUUAUUGUUAAAGGAAAUAUAAAAUAUUAAAGAGUAAUAAUAGCUGUCAUUUUUUAAGGUUCAACUUAAAACAAUGCCUUCUUUUUUUUUCCAUUUGUGAUGUAGAUAAGCAAGACAUUUUUGAUCACGAGUGGUGAAAAGAGGAUCAAACUUGACUAUUUUUGCAAUGGCAGUCCAGCAACAAGCCUUUCAUUUACAUUAAAUUAUAGUUUUUUAUUCAUUCUUAAACCAAACUUUAAAUUCUGCUUUCCUUUGAGUAGAAGGUAUUUAACUUGUUUUGUUUUUCCUUCAGAAGAAAUUUAAUGCAAAUGGAUUGCAGUCAGCACUUUCUGAAUGUUUUCACACAGUAUGCAAAGCUUACAUCAUACCAAGGAGUGGGGCAAUGAAGUUUCCUCCCAGUGACUCCAGUGACAGACCACACCUAGAAAGCGAUUCUCUUCCUGAGUAUUUCAAAAAGAUAUAAAAGAACUGGGGAGAGUAUGGGAAGAAACAAUACAGGGUUGCUUGUAAUUAACUAAGAACUGCCUCCUGACACAAGGAAAAA